GACUGCAUCAUUUGGGCAGCACGACAAGGCUAGCGGACAGCGCGCAUCGCUCUGACGGGUAAUCGGCCUACUGCUCCUGUUCUUGCGCAGGCUGCAUAGGGGCAGCAGUAUCCGAUUCCGGCGCCUAUUUCCAUGCAGGGAUUCUGGAUCACCAGAAAGAGAUGCAGCGCCAGCUUUACUGAUACCUCUCCGGUACCUGUGCUGUACUCCGAUGACACAAUUCAGGAAUUUUCUCCAGUCUAUUUAAAUUAUGGAGAACAUAGAAGAACCAGGCUUGGUGACGGAAGCACCUAUGGAGGAUGAUGACGGUGUUCUACACGAACCUACUCUGGGAGAUGUAUGCAAAACUGAUUCCGGCACGGAGGAUGGAGGGAAAAAUGCCUCUAAAGUUCCAAACGAGUUAGAGGGUCCAGGAAAGCACAUUUCUAUUCAGAAAGAAUUGUCUCAUCUGGCGGGUUUAGUUGAGCAAAGUGAUGGCCAGAAGAAUCCCUGUCCUCUGUGCCCUGUAGACCUGUUCAAGGCUUGUCACAUCAAUAAGCUUCUUAGACACCUGCAGAACUUCCACUGGAAAGUUUCUGUUGAAUUUGAAGGCUACAGAAUGUGCAUUUGUUGCUUACCCUGCAAACAGAAUACAACACACAAUGAAACGGAGUUGCCUAGUAAACAAAGUGCUCAUUACCAUUGUAUUAUCUGCUCAGCAACUGUGGCCCGCAGAAGAACAGAAAUGAUAAAACACAUUAAGCGCCAUGUGGACAAUGGGGAAACCCAAGUGAAACCAUCCUCUAGUAGUCCUGGAGUAAUUUUACAGGAGUUAAAUAUUGACGUUCGAGUUCUUCCUAAUUUUAAUACUCCGCUAAUUUCAGAAACUUUUUUUAAUCCAGUAAUGAAAACAAACAGACAGCUCAUCUUUUGUGCCCUGGCUGUGCUGGCUGCAGAUAGGGAACCUCUUGAAUGUCUGGAUGCUUUUAGCUCCACAGGCAUCAUGGGAUUGCAGUGGGCAAAGAACCUCAGGAACUCUGUGCACGUCACAGUGAAUGACAUCAGUGACAGCUCAAUAGCUAUGAUCCGGGAAAAUUGUCAACUGAACAAGAUGAAGGCGGUAAUGAAAAGCAAGGAGCAGCCCGAAAUGGAGACUGACCCAACAGCAGAGAAAGAUGAUUUUAUGGGCACUAUAGAAGUUACACAGAUGGACGCCAACAUCUUAAUGCACAUGCAGGCCUUUGAUUUUAUACACUUGGAUCCCUUUGGCACAUCUGUCAAUUAUUUGGAUGCUGCAUUUCGAAAUAUUCGGAACCUGGGUAUUUUAUCUGUGACCUCAACGGACACUGGAUCUCUGUACGCCAAGACUGUACAUGUGACAAAGCGUCAUUAUGGCUGCAACAUCAUUAGGACUGAAUACUUCAAAGAACUGGCGGCUCGAAUUGUCCUGUCAGCGAUAGCCAGGGCAGCUGCUCGUUGUAAUAAAGGCAUUGAGGUUCUGCUCUCGGUGGCUCUAGAACACUUUGUCUUGGUGAUUGUCCGGGUAUUGAGGGGACCCUCUCUUGCUGAUGAGAGUACAAAGAUGAUCAAUAACCUAAUUCAUUGCCAUUGGUGUGAGGAAAGGAUCUUCCAGAAAGAAGGCAAUAUGGUUGAAGAAAACCCAUAUAAACAGCUGCCUUGUGAUUGCCACAAAAGUAUGCCGGGGAGAUCUGCAGUCAUGCUUGGUCCACUGUGGUCUGGCUCUUUGUUUAACACCGGGUUCCUCAGAAGAAUGGUGCUUGCAGCAGUGUCACGUGAGAUUGGGGACAUCUUGACCCUACUGAAGACCCUCAUUUCUGAAUCUGAGUGCACAGCUCACAGACAGUCUUACAGUCAUCAAGCAGAAGCUGAAAUUCCUGUUGGAGGUGAUGUUUUUGUAGACCCAGGUAAAAGAAAACACCUGGAGGUAAAUACAAAUGCUUGUAAGCGCCUAAAGACUGAGAUCCGCGUGGAACACCCUCCAUUUUAUUACAGUAUUCACAGACAUGCGAUUGGAGGACUGAAUAUACCAAAAUUAAACAAAAUCUUACAGUAUCUGACAGAAGCUGGAUUCCUAGUGAGCCGGACACAUUUUGAUCCUACGGGAAUCCGUACUAAUGCUCCACUGGCCACAUUGAAGGCAAUCCUUGAAAAGAACAGCACCCUCUCAAACUCCUCACAGACCAGCAGCUACAAAGAGACCCCGGAAACAAACACUGAUGAGUUGGCGCCUGCAGGGGCUUCCUCUGUCUCGGAUCCAAAGUAAAAUAGUGUCUGCAAUGAAUUAGAAGACAAAAAUCUGCUAUCUUUUAGAACUGUUCCUAAAUGUAAUAAAGUAUAAUGUUUCUUUCAUAGAUUCUGGUGCCAGCAGUGUUGCAAUGAUGGUUUUCAUAUAAGUCAGACUGCUUGUAUCAUUUACUGUAGCACACAGUCCUCUGCAAAUAGAGAGGCUUAGUUCUAAGGUGGACUCUUUAAGUUGGUGCUGCAGGUUUUUUAUUGUUUGGUUGUUGUUUUUUAUUAAUACAAAAACAAAACAA